UGGCUCUAUCCUCCUCUGUCCGUCUCUCCUCGCCGCUGCCACUUUCAAAUUUAAACAUCCGCAGCCCUAGGAGCGUGAGAGCCACAGGGGAAGGGCGAUGAGAUGCUACGCAGCCGGAGGGUUCGUCGCUACCAAGAGUUCUUGAAGACCUUGAGGCGGCCUGAGCCCAAGCUGUGCCUGUGUACCCUCCACCUGCACCCGCGUCCCUGGGUACCCCCGCCGUGCCGUACCUCCAGGCCCUAUGGGGAACCGCCUCUUCUUUGCUCGAGAAGGUUCCACUCCAAUCCUGAGCUUCUGGCAUCCCCAUCCCACCAAACCAUGAUGGAGCAUAGGUCACCAAGUCGGAGAGGCAUCAGGGCCACGCAGCCUCACUACCUUGACCAACUUCACCGAGAGGAAGAUGUCCUCAAGGAGGCACAGAAGAGGGUCUGUAAAGGUGAUCCCUUGCCCAAGGACAUGUACAACACUGUUAUGAAAUGGAGCAGCAUGUCACCCAAGGCAGAGGAUGUGUCUAGGGGACGAGGGCAGAGGAGGGAAAAAAAGCAAUCCACAAGUCACAGUGGACAUAAAAAAGAGGCAAGUGAGCAAGAUUUGAAGAAGGAAGAGGAAGAACUGCGUCAGGAGCUGAAAAAUAUGCGAGAGUUGACACAGAGCAAUAUUUACCUUCUGGAGGAGAACAAGAGGCUCAUGAGGAAGGUACAGCAGCUGAGACAGAGAGCCAAGCGGCAAGAGGAGGUUGGCCGGGGCAGCAGGGAGAGUGUGGAAGCCCCAAGGGAGGAUGAAGUCAUUCUUGCCCUCAAAAAGAAGUAUGAAGACCUUCUGCAGUAUGUUCUGAAGGUUGAGGCAGAAAACCAGAAAAUGAACAGCCUGAUUGGUGCUUCUGGAGAGCGCCGGAGCUCACUGAAUGACACAGACCCUGAGGCCAGCAGGCAGACCAUAAAGGACCUUCAGAAGGAGAUACAGACCCUAAGGGGACAGCUCAUGGAAAAAGAUGAUUCCUUGAGGCAGUAUGAACAGCACUUGAGGACACUGAAGGACAACAACCUCACCCUUCAAGAGUCCCGCAAGAGGCAAGGCACCGGAGAAGGCAGGAGGCCAGAGACAACAGUACAGGAAGAGGAGUGGAUGAAGCGGUUCACUGAGACGCGCGAGAUGUACGAGGAAGCAAUCCAGGGCUAUAAAGAUCAGCUGGAGCAGACACAGAGAAAGUUGGUGGAGGAGGAACAGGAGCAUGCUCGGCAGGUGGAAGAACUGAAGCAGCAGUUGGGGAAGAUCCAGGACGAGGUCAGUGCAAAAGAGAAGUCUGAGCUGGAAGAAAGACACAAGAGGGUGAUGGAAGAGACACAAGACCAUGCCAGACAGAUGGGGGGAGACAAAGAAGAGUUGGAGGGGCAUUACCAUGAGGUUAGUCCUAAGGAAAGUCCCAGGCAUCAGAAGACUGAGUUAUCUGUGAAUGGCUCCCCAAAGAACAUGAAUGGCAGUGGAGGCAAAGCAUCUCAGAGGGGUCCAAGAGUGGAUGUGGGAGGUGACACUUGCCCACAAGCAACAGCAACAAUAGGUCACAGCAGAGAUGGUGAAGGGGAAGCAGAAUUAGCACCACCAACAAGGACAGAGAAGAUGUAUGGUGAAGCUUUGGAACUCAUUGUGAGGAGGCUUGAGAACCUCCAGGUAGGUGGAGAGGAUGUGGAGAGCAUGGUUGAGGUUAUCAGAGGGACAAUCAGCACCUGCCUGCAAGAGUGGAGAGACAACUUCCAUCAACCCAGAGCACAAGAUGAGGAAAAAAAACAACUUCAGGGAGAAAAUGAGGAGCUACAGAAAAAGUUAAAGGGGAAGAACAAGAAGAUAGAGACGCUGCAGAGGCAGAAUCAGGACCUCCAGCGACAAAAUGAUCAGUUGCUCCACCAGCAUUCUGUCCUGGAGUCCCGGAUGGCCUCGUCACAAACCACAGAACAGUUGGGCAUCCUGAGUGGUUUGCCCCAGAAGGUGCAGGAGGUAGAGCAGCAGCUGUCAGACACAAAAGAGCUGCUAUACAAGGCUCAGGCAGAAAACCAAGAACUACAGGGCCAAGUGAAGCAUCUGGAAGAGAAGCUGGGCAAGAAGGAGUCCAAGUUGAGGGCAGAGCGUGAACUGAGCAUCAGCAGGGAGAGGGAGGUGGCAGGGGCACAUGAGUCUGCAUCCUCCUUGCAACACCAGCUGGAGGAGGUGACCAGGGAGAUGAGUCAGCUGCGGGAACAACUCUCCACCAAGGAUGCCAUCCUGGAACACACAUCGGCCCAACUAGAAGAGAGGAUUCGGGAAUGUGCAAGUCUCUUUGCACUCACUGAACGUUACAAGCUGCAGCAGAACCAAGACACAGACCGCAUUCAAACACAAAUGAGUGAGAGGGAGACUGCCUCUCACAAGCAGUUCUUGGAGGCACAAGCACAAGCAUCCCGCUACCAGGCUCAGAUGUCAGCUCUGCGCACUGAGAAGGAACACAAUGAGAAGUCCCUGCGUUCCACAAUCAAGAAGUUGGAAGAGCAAGUGGACCAAAUUCAGCUGAGGAAUUCAACUCUGCAGAGACAGCUGACCACCUUCACCUCCACCUACCACACCUUAUUCUCUGGUGUUGACCUCCAGCCAGUAACCACCACUGCCAUCAACUUGUCUGGUUUCAAGGGAGUGUGAGGUCCAGGAGGUGGCAGCUGCUGCGGACUGUGUGCUGGGCCCCCCCGCACCCACCACGUCGGCCCCCUGGCCCUCAGUCAGGGCCUCUGCUCCUGAGGCCAUUACCAGUUGCUCUACUGUUGCCCACUGCCCGGACUGCUUCCAUUCCAGU